AUGGAAAGGAGAAAGAAAAUCGUCUAUCAGCUAGACACUCCCUAUUCAGCUGUAUCAUGGCCUAGCGUGACUAUGGAAGACCAAGAAACCAUCUUAGAGCUUCUAUGCAACUUGCUUACACCCCUGGGUCAGUACCGCUCAGAGUAUGUUGAGUUGUCGAAAGGCAAACGCGAUAAGAAACGGAAACGCAAAGUUUUAACCACACAUUCUGAAAACGUUUCGCCUCCUCCUUCUCCGGAGUUGAAAUCGUAUGUAGACGUCGGACUUACAACUGUCACGCGUCGUCUACAAGAACUAGCAUCUAAAGCACAAGCUGUGGAGACCAAUUCAGACGACAAACUCCCUGCUCAAGGUGUUUCUCUCCGCCCUUAUUCAGCCAUCUUCGUAGCCCGAUCUGGACAACCAAACGUUCUUAAUGGACAUCUGCCACAGAUGGUAGCGAUUGCUUCGAAAUCACAUCCUGAACAGAUGCCUAUUAGGCUAGUAGGAUUAUCAAAGUCAUGUGAGGAUCGUCUAUCUGAGUCGCUGGGUAUACCCCGUGUUUCCUGCAUUGGAAUCCGCGAGGAUGCCCCUAAUUCCAAGGCGUUGAUCGAAUUCAUAACCAAGCAUGUUCCUACGAUUAAUAUACAGUGGGUGGAAGAGGCGAAGAAAGCGGAAUAUAAGGCAACUAAUAUUAACGCGGUUGAGACGUUUGUUGGUACUAAGAAGCAGCAUAACCGUGGAUUGCCUGGGUAA